AUGUUCAAACGACCAGCGUUUCUGCAGGGCCGACGACGAGAGGGGCGCAGUGAUGAUUGGUCCGCGUUCCCUAUACGUCAACUUUUUGUGCUUGCGCUUUGCCGCAUAUGCGAACCAAUUGCCUUCAUGUCAAUUUUCCCGUACGUUUAUCACAUGGUGGAGUCCUUCCAUGUCACAGACAACGAUCGCAAGAUUGCCCUAUAUGCCGGCUUGAUCACUUCGUCCUUCACUUUCGCGGAAUUCUCAGCCGGUAUGUUUUGGGGUCGGAUGAGCGACAGGAUUGGUAGGAAGCCGGUCCUUGUCAUGGGUCUGAUUGGAACGGCCAUUAGCAUGAUCGUGUUUGGGUUCGCUCCCAACCUAGCGACUGCCAUGAUUGCGCGAGCUUUGGGCGGCCUGUUAAACGGGAACAUCGGAGUUCUCCAGACCACGGUUGCCGAAAUCGUGACUGUCAAGGAACAUCAACCACGCGCCUACUCGAUCAUGCCGUUCGUCUGGUGUUUGGGGUCCAUUAUUGGGCCUGCAAUGGGCGGUGCGCUGUCACAACCGUGCCUGAACUAUCCCCGGUUAUUUUCGGGCGAUUCUGUAUUCAAAACGUUUCCGUUUCUGCUGCCCAACUUGGUCUGCGUCGUCGUCUUGGUGACGGGGGUCGUGGUUGGCUUGCUGUUCCUGGAGGAGACCCAUCCGGAGAAGAAGCAUCGUCGUGACCGUGGCUUGGAGUUGGGCAAUUGGUUGAUUGGCUGCUGUUCUCGCGUGCAAGAUGUCAAAGCGGAUUCAGCCGAUGCAGGCUAUUUUGACAACCCGCCAGCCUACCGGAGCACCGAAACUUCCCCUCGCUUGGGUCCAGUCAUGGAAGAUGAGGAUAUGUCCGAAGAUGACGACAUCGAAAAGCAGAUGACCGGACAGUCCAGUGGGAAACCGAAGGCAUUUACGAAGCAAGUUAUCUUCAACAUCAUCGGAUAUGGAAUCCUUGCAUAUCAUAGUGUGUCUUUUGACCAGCUGAUGCCUGUCUUCCUGAGCACGCCCAAAUCCAACGAGGAUGCCGUCUUACCCUUCAAGUUCACGGGUGGUUUAGGGUUAUCGACAAAGACGAUCGGCCUGAUGCUGGCAGUGCAAGGCAUUUACUCCAUGAUCGCACAGCUCUGGUUGUUCCCGUUUGUUGUUCGCCACUUUGGGACCCUACGCACCUUUCGCUUCGUUCUCCUCGUUUGGCCGCCACUUUAUUUGCUCGUCCCGUAUCUAAUUCUCCUACCUGAGAAGCUUCAAAUGGUCGCCGCAUACGUCGCUCUGAUCUGCAAGAUCACCUUCCAUGUCAUUGCUUUCCCCUCCACUGCGAUCCUGCUUGCCAACGCAGCGCCCUCUUCGAAGGUGCUUGGGUCUAUCAACGGCGCUGCCGCCUCUACAGCCAGCCUCAGCCGCGCUUUUGGGCCGAGUGUAACCGGCUUUCUUCACUCAAAGGGCCUUGAUAGCGGAUACUCCGUCAUCUCGUGGUGGGCCUGCGGUAUUGUCUGCUUGAUCGGUGCCAUUCAGAGCUUCUGGAUGGAGGAGUCCGAGCCCCAGCGGUUGGUUGAUGAGGAGAAGCCUGAGUCGGACACGUCUCACGCCAGGGAUGCUCUGCGGGGCUCGUUUACUGCGGACAAGGAAGAUGGCACCGCGGAGGAAGUGCGAAGGUUGCUCUCUUCAGCACGAACUAGUGUCGACGAAUUCGAAGUCCCCAGUUUAGCCGCCGACUCAAGACCUGUACGUGUGUAA